AUGGGUCAAUCUUCUCCUCCGGUUCCUCUUUUCGCAAAUAUGGACGAUAGAUUGCUUGAUGCCAUUUGUGAACGGCUUAAACCGAGUCUAUACACAGAAAGUACAUAUAUAGUUCGGGAAGGUGAUCCAGUUGAUGAAAUGCUCUUUAUCAUCCGUGGUCGUCUGGAGAGUGUAACAACAGAUGGUGGCAGAUCUGGUUUUUUCAACCGUGGUUUCCUUAAAGAAGGUGACUUUUGUGGGGAGGAACUCCUCACAUGGGCUCUGGAUCCUAAAGCCGGUUCCAACUUACCCCCUUCUACCAGGACUGUAAAAGCUUUGACGGAGGUUGAGGCAUUUGCUUUGAUAGCUGAUGAAGUAAAAUUCAUCACGAGUCAGUUUAGGCGCAUUCACAGUCGCCAGGUUCAGCACACGUUUCGUUUCUACUCUCAGCAGUGGAGGACUUGGGCUGCCAGCUUUAUUCAAGCUGCAUGGCGCCGGUAUUCCCGGAGGAAAAAUGCAGAACUUCGCCGGAAUGAACUCGAAGACGAAGGUACAGACAUUGAAUCAGUACCUGGUACUUCUUCCAGCUUUGGUGCAACAAUGUUGGCGUCAAGAUUUGCAGCUAAUGCUAUGCGAGGAGUUCACAGGCUCCGUAAAUCAACUUCUACACGGCUGAUGAAUUUGCCGAAGCCCCCCGAGCCCGAUUUUGAAUCUGAUGCAUAGCUCUUUUCAUUAGAUGAUCGCAUGAUUAUCUGCCAACUUGGCAAAAAUUUGAAUGUGUUUUACAUUUUUAUUUUCUAAUUUUUUGUUCCUCCGCUUUCUUUUGUGUAAUAUAUCUAGCAGUAACACUUGGCACAAUUUACAUUAGAAGUAUGGCGUAAGUCAGUCAUUGUAUUCAUUUGAGUUAAGAGCAGAUGAAUCACCACGCAACAACGAUUUCUUUACUGGUGUCGAGAAAUUAAGAAAUUUUUGAGGGAGUUCUCCUCAAAACAAGCAUGAAAGGACAAAGAGAUGGCUCUUGUAAUUGGUGGUGCAUCCCAAGUUGCUUCUCCUCUCAUUCUCUUGGCCCCCGUUUGGCAAAAUUUAUAAAUUAUGUUGUAAAUCGUCAAACUUCAAUUUCAAUCACAUGUUUCAGUAGA